GGGGCAGAGGCGCUCGGGGAGGAGGCGGCGGAGAAGAAGCUGCUCGUCACCCUCACAGGCAGACGACGGCGGCGACGAGGCCGGAGAGGAAGACGAGGAAAGCCAAAAAACACCAAUAGAGCGAAAGAAGGGGAGGAGGAAAAAAAUAAAUAAUAAAAAAAUGCCAAGAACAUCCAUCCGGAGAGAUGAAGAGAAUGAAAGUUUCAUGCUGCAGAGCCGUUACCUGCUUUUCCGGCGCCCAGUCCUCUCGCUGUGUUUAAGCCCUUUGGCGUUUGCCCGCCGCUGACAUUAAGAGGCAUGUGCAGCGGUGCCGGCAGCACCUCCUCUUCAUCUUCCUCCUCCUCCUCCUCCUCUCCCUCCUCCCUCGCCUCCCACCAGCGGGAAGACACACCGAGGACAGUCUUGACACACCGAAAUCUCCUCGGCGGGACUCGCGGGCGUCGCGCUGCGCCAGGGCGCGCGGAAUAAAGGGCGCGGACUGUUAUUAUUGAAUUAGGCGGCCGGUGAGGCGAUCGCGGAGGAGGGCGAGGGGCCGCCCGUCUCCCUUCCUGCGCUGAGACUGAGACAUGAGGCUCGACUGGGGAAGCCCUAACAUGAAGCGAAAGGAAUAGAUUUUUUUUAAGGACGCAAAGCCACAGGAGCCCCCCUCCCCCCUCCACACACACACACGCGCGCACACACACGCACACACAGAGCACUUUUAUUUGUAUUUCAGUUUUUUGUUUUUUUUUUCUCGCGGCGGUGGGGGAGGUGACGGGGCGGCCGGCUGGCUGCGGGAAGCUGCUUCCUUCCCCUUUGGAGAUGGUCGUGCUAUUCUUGUUUGCCUUGCUCUGGAUGGUGGAGGGAGCCUUUUCCCAGCUUCACUACACGGUGCAGGAGGAGCAGGAGCAUGGCACGUUCGUGGGGAAUAUCGCCGAAGAUCUGGGCCUGGACAUUACAAAACUUUCGGCUCGCCGGUUUCAGACGGUGCCCAACUCGCGGACCCCGUACCUGGACCUCAACCUGGAGACCGGGGUGCUGUACGUGAACGAGAAGAUCGACCGCGAGCAAAUCUGCAAGCAGAGCCCCUCGUGCGUCCUGCACCUGGAGGUGUUCCUGGAGAACCCCCUGGAGCUGUUCCGGGUGGAGAUCGAGGUGCUGGACAUUAACGACAACCCCCCCUCCUUCCCGGAGCCCGACCUGACGGUGGAGAUCUCGGAGAGCGCCACGCCGGGCACCCGCUUCCCCUUGGAGAGCGCCUUCGACCCGGACGUGGGCACCAACUCCUUGCGCGACUACGAGAUCACCCCCAACAGCUACUUCUCCCUGGACGUGCAGACCCAGGGGGACGGCAAUCGGUUCGCCGAGCUGGUGCUGGAGAAGCCGCUGGACCGGGAGCAGCAGGCGGUGCACCGCUACGUGCUGACCGCGGUGGACNGAAAGUGGCAGCAGCAGCAGCAGCAGCAGCGCACCGGCACGGCCCUACUCACCAUCCGAGUGCUAGACUCCAACGACAACGUGCCCGCCUUCGACCAACCCGUCUACACGGUGUCCCUGCCGGAGAACUCGCCGCCCGGCACGCUGGUGAUCCAGCUCAACGCCACGGACCCGGACGAGGGCCAGAACGGCGAGGUGGUCUACUCCUUCAGCAGCCACAUUUCGCCCCGGGCGCGGGAGCUCUUCGGACUCUCCCCGCGCACGGGCCGGCUGGAGGUGAGCGGCGAGCUGGACUAUGAAGAGAGCCCGGUGUACCAGGUGUACGUCCAGGCCAAGGACCUGGGCCCCAACGCCGUGCCCGCGCACUGCAAGGUGCUCGUGCGGGUGCUCGACGCCAACGACAACGCGCCCGAGAUCAGCUUCAGCACCGUGAAGGAGGCGGUGAGCGAGGGCGCGGCGCCCGGCACCGUGGUGGCCCUGUUCAGCGUCACCGACCGCGACUCGGAGGAGAACGGGCAGGUGCAGUGCGAGCUGCUGGGGGACGUGCCCUUCCGCCUCAAGUCCUCCUUCAAGAACUACUACACCAUCGUGACCGAGGCGCCCCUGGACCGAGAGGCGGGGGACUCCUACACGCUGACCGUGGUGGCGCGGGACCGGGGCGAGCCGUCGCUCUCCACCAGCAAGUCCAUCCAGGUGCAGGUGUCGGAUGUGAACGACAACGCGCCGCGGUUCAACCAGCCGGUCUACGACGUGUAUGUGACCGAGAACAACGUCCCCGGCGCCUACAUCUACGCGGUGAGCGCCACGGACCGCGACGAGGGCGCCAACGCCCAGCUCGCCUACUCGAUCCUCGAGUGCCAGAUCCAGGGCAUGAGCGUCUUCACGUACGUGUCCAUCAACUCGGAGAACGGCUACCUGUACGCCCUGCGCUCCUUCGACUACGAGCAGCUCAAGGACUUCAGCUUUCAGGUGGAAGCCCGGGACGCCGGCAGCCCCCAGGCGCUGGCCGGCAACGCCACGGUCAACAUCCUCAUCGUGGAUCAGAACGACAACGCCCCUGCCAUCGUGGCGCCCCUGCCGGGCCGCAACGGGACGCCGGCCCGCGAGGCGCUGCCGCGCUCGGCCGAGCCGGGCUACCUGCUGACCCGCGUGGCCGCGGUGGACGCGGACGACGGCGAGAACGCGCGGCUCACCUACAGCCUCGUGCGGGGCAACGACAUGAACCUGUUCCGCAUGGACUGGCGCACCGGCGAGCUCCGCACGGCCCGCCGGGUGCCGGCCAAGCGCGACCCCCAGCGGCCUUACGAGCUGGUGAUCGAGGUGCGCGACCACGGGCAGCCGCCCCUGUCGUCCACCGCCACCCUGGUGGUGCAGCUGGUGGACGGCGCCAUCGAGCCCCCGGGCCACCAGCGCCCCAACCGCUCGGGCGGCGGGGACAGCUCGCUGGACCUCACCCUCAUCCUCAUCAUCGCCCUGGGGUCGGUGUCCUUCAUCUUCCUGCUGGCCAUGAUCGUGCUGGCCGUGCGUUGCCAAAAAGAGAAGAAGCUCAACAUCUACACGUGUCUGGCCAGCGACUGCUGCCUCUGCUGCUGCUGCUGCGGCGGCGGGGGCUCGACCUGCUGCGGCCGCCAAGCCCGGGCGCGCAAGAAGAAACUCAGCAAGUCGGACAUCAUGCUGGUGCAGAGCUCCAACGUGCCCAGCAACCCGGCCCAGGUGCCCGUGGAAGAGUCGGGGGGCUUCGGCUCCCACCACCACAACCAGAAUUACUGCUACCAGGUCUGCCUGACCCCCGAGUCCGCCAAGACCGACCUGAUGUUCCUUAAGCCCUGCAGCCCUUCUCGGAGCACGGACACUGAGCACAACCCCUGCGGGGCCAUCGUCACUGGCUACACAGACCAGCAGCCCGACAUCAUCUCCAACGGAAGCAUUUUGUCCAACGAGACUAAACACCAGAGAGCAGAGCUCAGCUAUCUAGUUGACAGACCUCGCCGAGUUAACAGUUCUGCAUUCCAGGAAGCCGACAUAGUAAGCUCUAAGGACAGUGGUCAUGGAGACAGUGAACAGGGAGAUAGUGAUCACGAUGCCACCAACCGUGGCCAGUCAGCUGGUAUGGAUCUCUUCUCCAACUGCACCGAAGAAUGUAAAGCCCUGGGCCACUCAGAUCGGUGCUGGAUGCCUUCUUUUGUCCCUUCUGACGGACGCCAGGCUGCCGAUUAUCGCAGCAAUCUGCAUGUUCCCGGCAUGGACUCUGUUCCAGACACCGAGGUGUUUGAAACUCCAGAAGCGCAGCCUGGGGCAGAGCGGUCCUUCUCCACCUUCGGCAAAGAGAAGGCCCUUCACAGCACCCUGGAGAGGAAGGAGCUGGACGGACUGCUGUCUAAUACACGAGCGCCUUACAAACCACCAUAUUUGAAUCAUUUCCACCCUCUUUCUUAUUUUGUACAUUGGAAGUAAAUUCACUUAAGCAUUUGUCCAUCACGUGAGCCCAACAAAGGAAGAUUACCAAUUAAAAUAUAAAUAGAAUUAUUCACUGAAAAAGACUAUCUACUUGGGAAUUUUUCCUUCCUCAUCAAACUGAUGAUUUAUGGGUCUAAAUUUAAAUACAUUAAGUUAUAAAGAUAUUGUAAAUAGUCUGGAAUAUACAAAUUCAAUUGCUUAUAAAUAUCAUUAAACAUCAUUUAAUACUCAA